AUGAGCUCCGACGAAACGGUGGAAGUGGUCAUACCACUUGUAAAAACCAUAACCAACCUGACCUUCCGAAACCUGUCCUACAGUGUCAAACAAAGGCACUCAGGUGCUGGUUCGGCUGAAGAGAAGAAGCACCUGCUUCGCAAUAUUUCGGGAACGUUCAAGUCCGGCAGGUUGACGGCAAUUCUCGGUCCAUCGGGUGCUGGUAAAUCGACCCUGCUCAACAUUCUCAGCGGUUUCAGUACCAAUGGAGUUAGUGGAAAAAUUCUAAUCAAUAACGAGGUGAUCGAUUACCACAAGUAUCGCCAGCUAGUCGCUUACACCGCGCAGGAUGUGUGUUUGCUGGAAACUCUCACCGUCCGGGAAACUCUACACUACGUGGCCGACCUACGGCUGUCGAAGAAUGUGUCCUACAUCCACAAGACUAAAAUCGUGAAUGACAUCGUCGCCCUAUUGGGGAUGCAAAAAUGCUCGCAUAGUCUUACUAGGUCGCUAUCUGGCGGUGAACGGAAGCGACUUUCGAUUGGAUUGGAGCUCGUGUCAAAUCCCAAAAUCAUGUUUUUUGAUGAACCCACCAGUGGACUCGACAGUGUGACCUCGUAUGAAAUGAUCGCACACAUGCGAGAUUUAGCCCGUCAGGGCCGAUGUAUUGCCGCAGUGGUACAUCAACCCAGCUCGGAUCUGCUUGAGCUAUUUGAUGACGUGUAUAUAGUAGCAGACGGAAGGUGCAUGUACCAAGGAUCACUAGACGCGCUGAUACCUACGCUAGAAGAGGUGGGUUUCAGCUGUCCACCCUACUAUAACCGGGCUGAUUUUGUGCUCAAAAUCGCUUCCCAACGGAACGGUGAUAUGGAUAGUGUGGAAAAAUUGAUUGCCCGUGCUGACACCGCUAUCAAUGGCUACUUGGAGAAUGAUGCGAUGAAUAUGGAGGACUGCACGACGGUGUUGGCAGAGAGCAAAGCAUCCUCCCAAUAUCCCAUUGCUUGGUGGCGCCAGCUCGGAGUUCUGAUUCGACGGACUGCUCUGUGUACGGUUAGAAAUAUCACCCUAACUAGAUUCCGGUUGCUGAGUCACUUGCUGUUCGGCAUUACGAUAGGCAGCGUGUUCUACAACGUGGGCGACGACGGUGCCAAAGUGUUAUCUAAUGUGUCCUGUCUCAUUCUUCUGCUCAUGUUUAUCGUGUUCGCCAACGCGAUGACCGUGGUACUGACAUUUCCGCUAGAAAUGGCGGUGUUCGUGCGGGAACACAGGAGCAACUACUACCCAGUGUCGGCCUACUAUCUUUCAAAGAUCAUCGCAGAUUUUCCGCUCAUGUUCGUCGGGGUUAGCUGUCUACAAAUAAUCAUGUACUACCUGACGGGUCAACCGAACGAAACGGAACGCGUCCUGAUGUUUUGGGGCAUAUGCGCUUUGUUCGGUUGGCUGUCGCAGAUGUACGGCAUGCUGGCUGGGAGCAUUUUACCCCUCGAUGUCAGCCCAUUCGUGGUGCCGGCGUCGGUCAUACCGGCGGUGCUGUUCUCUGGCUUCUUCAUUCGCUACAAUGAACUUCUAACCAUCUUCAAGCCAUUGACGUACGUUAGCUAUUUCCGGUACGGGUUUGAAGGACUGAUCCAGGCUACAUAUGGGUUGAACAGGACGCAACUUGGUUGUAGCGAAAUCUUUUGCUAUUACCGCAAAACAAGCAAAGUGAUGGAGAUGCUGCAGAUGGAGUAUGAUCGUUAUUGGUACGAUAUAGCCGGCCUAUCGGUAUGGAUAGUCGUUCUUCACAUUCUACUCUACAUCAGCCUGAAAGCACGAUUCCAUAGGCGCCAAUAA